ACAGUAGAGAUAGGGAUGGAUUCCGUGCGGAUCCGAGAGGCGAAGGAGGGAGACUGUGGAAAUAUCCUGAGGCUGAUUCGGGAACUAGCUGAGUACGAGAAAUUCUCGAAUCAAGUGAAGAUCAGUGAAGAAGCCCUGAAGGCAGAUGGAUUUAGAGAGAAUCCUUUCUAUCACUGUUUGGUAGCAGAGAUUUUUCCCGGCCCCGGGGAGCCACAGGGGCCCUGUGUGGUGGCCUAUGGGAUAUAUUACUUCAUCUACAGCACGUGGAAGGGACGCAACGUUUAUUUGGAAGACAUAUAUGUGAAGCCAGAAUACCGGGGUCAGGGGAUUGGUUCCAAAAUAAUCAAAAAGGUGGCUGAGGUGGCCCUAGAUAAGGGCUGCUCCCAGUUCCGCCUGGCAGUCCUGAACUGGAAUAAGAGGGCCAUGGACUUGUACAAGGCCCUAGGAGCCCAAGAUCUGACUGAAGCCGAGGGCUGGCAUUCCUUUUGCUUUGAAGGAGAGGCGAUGAGGGAGUUGGCAGGAAAGUGAUGCCAUCCCUUGGGUAUCUCUCAGUAUGUGAGCUUCUCCUUCUCCACCUGCCCAAGUACUCCUCAGAGACUAUCUCCACUGAAGAAAAGAGAGUUGGAGGUGAAUAUUCCUGAAGUACAGAAAGAGCGGAAUUGAGGGAGAGGUCUUUCCACCUCCUUAUUGAGGGUGAAAAAUAAACAAGAAUCACUAUGUCCAGA